CGGCGAAACUCACAGAUGUUAACUCAGUAACUCUUGCGCAUCGGCCAAGCGCGCACGGUUAUACCAUAAACAAUUUGUUUUAUGUGAAAACUAUUUGGACUUUAAACCUAUUUACACCGGUCUUAAACUAGAAAUAACGGAGCAAGUUGCAGAAAAUUCGUGAAAAUGGCGGACGAGUCGCAAGUUCGUGCUUUUUACGCGGGAAAGAACUUUUUCAUCACCGGUGGCACUGGAUUUGUUGGUUUGUGUCUUAUUGAAAAGAUUUUGCGAUGUAUGCCUGAUGUUGGAAAGAUUUACCUGCUCAUGAGACCUAAGAAAGGCAAGGAGAUCUCUGAGAGACUGGAAGAAUUCCCUAAAAACCCGGUCUUUGAGAAACUCCUAGAAAGCCACUCAACAGAUAUCUUCAAGAAGCUGAUCCCCGUUUCUGGUGACGUCGGUGAAGCUAACCUCGGUCUCAGCCCGGCAGACAGACAGAUGUUGAUAGACAAUAUCAACGUGGUCAUCCAUUCCGCAGCUACGCUAGACUUCCAAGAGAGUUUGAGGCCGACUGUUAAUAUUAACCUGCUUGGUACCAGGAGGAUUAUGGAGCUUUGUAAAGAUGCUAAGGAUCUGAAGGUAAUGAUCCACGUAUCAUCAGCUUAUGUGAACUCGUUCUUAACUGAAGCUCAUGAGAAGGUGUAUGAGGCACCGGAAGAUGCACAGAAAGUUAUCUCGCUAGUGGAAACCCUGAAUGAUGAGUCUUUACUGCAGAUUGAGCAUAAAUUACUGAAAAGUCAUCCCAACACAUACACAUUUACAAAGCACUUGGCUGAGCAUGAGGUCAUCAAAUGUAUUGAUAUGUUCCCCUGCACUAUUGUUAGACCUACUAUGAUUGUGGCGUCUUGGAAGGAGCCAAUUCCCGGCUGGACUUGCUCUAAAGUUGGUCCUCAAGGCUUCCUGAUGGGGGCAGCUAAAGGUGUAGUCCGUCGCUUGCCCCUGGCUAAAGAGAAGGUAGCGGAUUAUAUUCCUGUGGAUGUCGUCAUCAAUCAGUUGUUAGUCGCCGGCUGGGAGGCUGCCAAGAGCAAAUCUGGUCUGACAGUAUACCACUGUUCGUCAUCAACUUGCAACCCGUUCACCUGGACGAUGUUAGACAACACCGUUAACAAUAUGCUGCAUAAAUAUCCGCUGAAAAGCGCUGUUUGGUACCCUCAUCUGAAAUUCGUGCCGACUCUGCUAAUGUUCCGUAUAUCUGCUAUAUUCGUACAUUUCUUCCCGGCCUUCUUAUUGGACUUGAUGCUAAGAGUUACGGGGGGACGACCCAUUCUGAUCCGGCUGCACAAAAACGUAUGGAACUCACUGAACCGGCUCGAGAGAUUUAUCUUUAGCGAGUGGAAGUUCUACAAUCCAAACACAUUAGAAUUGUCUACGAAGUUGAGCAAAAAGGAUAAAGAAUUGUUCUAUAUUGAUGUAACUUCUUUACAAUGGGUAGAGUACUUCAGCACAUUACAUUUGGGCGUCCGUCGCUACUUGAACAAGGAAAAGGAAUCUAGUUUGCCCGCCGCUCGCAAUAAGGACAUGGUUCUCCUAGUAUUCCACGUGAUAUGGCAACUCUUCAUCAUGGGUCUACUGUGGUAUAUCUUCGCUUGGCAGACAGGAUUAACCCUCGCCACCAGUGCUUGGAUAGCACCUAUUAUAUAUGUACUUUAUAAUUUACUUUAAAUAUAUAGAAAUAACUACUUAAAAGUACGUAAAAGUUUUUGAAUUUAAUGGCUUUUUGAUAUGAAUCUCCUUUGAAACAAUGACUAACAGUGUUUGGGGAAAAAAGUACUU